UUGGCACCAUGGAUGCUCCUCCUCAUGAACAGCUUGAAGUUACAAUGGACAAUAUACUGAAGAAGUGUGCUGGGCUACCUUUGGCCAUAGUUAGCAUAGCCAGCCUCUUGGCUAGCUAUAAAUAUCCAGAGAGGAAAGAUAUGUGGGAAACCAUUUGCAAAUCAAUUGGUUCGCAGAUGGAGAGCAACCCUACCCUCGAGGGGAUGGGGCAAAUACUCACACUCAGUUACAACCACCUGCCUUAUCACCUCAAGGCUUGCAUGCUGUAUCUUAGCCUUUUCCCAGAGGACUACGAAAUCAACAAAAAUAGGCUCUUGUACAGAUGGGUCGCCGAAGGAUUGGUUGAGGAUAAGCGGGGAUUGACUUUGUUGGAGGUUGCAAAAUCCUACUUUGAUGAGCUGGUGAGUAGGAGCAUGAUUAUUCCAGCAUCCUCUUGGGGGUACGCUGGAAGGAUUGAGGUGUGUCGGGUGCAUGACAUGAUGCUUGAGGUCAUGGUGUCGAAAUCCCUGGAGGCUAACUUCGUUAGCCUAGUAGGUGGGCACUAUGACGGGAUAUUUUAUGACAGGGUUCGUCGCCUUUCCAUCCAAGGGAUAGAACAUGAGAGGAGGCAUAGCAUGGAGCGGAUGGACAUGCAACAUGUCCGAUCGCUGAGCAUGUUUGAGCUCAAUGGGAAGAAUUUAUUUGAUCGCUUGAGGGAGUUCACCCUGCUGAGGGUACUUGAUCUUGAAGGCUGCCAAGGCCUUGAAAACAAGCAUGUGGUGGUUAUUUGCCAGAUGUACCUCCUAAAGUUCCUAAGCUUAAAGGGUACCGAUAUCAGUGUGAUGCCUAAUAAAGUCGGUGAGCUAGAGCACUUGCAAGUUCUUGAUGUGCGUGACACAAACCUUCACGAGCUGCCAGAAACAGUGAGAACGCUAGAGAAAGUUGAGCGCAUGGAUUUGUCCCACAGGAAAAAAUGGAUGAUUUGGUGGACGCUUCCCAAGGGGCUCUCUAAAAUGAAGGCGUUGCGCGAGGUGGAGCGUGCAGAGAUAGAUAAUGUUGAUGUUGCUCGAGAGUUUGGUGAACUAGGACAACUGCGUCGCAUAUUCUUGUUUGUUAACGACAACUUGCAUGUUGACAAGCUUAAGAUAGGCGAUCCGAAGAUUCUCGAAGAGGUUGCCCUCUCCCUGAGCAAGUUAUAUUCCCUUCGGUCUCUCGGCAUUGGCCGCUUAGGGACCUGCGUCGGCAAACUGGAUUUUCUCGAUAGACUGUCCUCGCCGCCACGGCUCCUUCGUUACCUUUUCAUCGAUGGAGAAAUCACAAAAUUGCCACACUGGGUGAGCACACUAUCACAUCUUACCUUCUUUGGAGGUAUUUGGUUAAACUUAAGCGGUGACCACAUAUUCGGCAUCCUCUGUAAGCUGCCCAGUCUACAGAGCAUCAAGCUGUGGCGGGCUUGCAUCAGUGAUCAUACACUUGUUCUACGUAGUACCCACCGGUUGCCAGUGUUGAGGACGCUUUCUUUGUGCUCAACCUAUUGCUCCUCCCCUCAAGUGAUCCAGUUCGAGAGAGGAUGCAUGGAUAAGCUCGAGGAGCUUUCGGUGACAUUUUAUGAGGGUUCGGGGAGGAGAAUUGUUGGCAUCGGGCACUUGAAAAACCUUAAAGAGGUGCAGCUUACUGGUAAGAGACACAACGAUUCACUGAUCCUUGCACAGGAGAAGCUCAGGUCCGAGAGUAACAGACGCCCCAAGGCCAAUCAGUUUAAGGUUAUUGUGAGAUACGAGUAA